AUGUCAGAGCAGUCGACGACACCUCCAAAUUUAAGGGACGACAAUACAAAGGACUGGAUAAAUACUGAUAGUCAAAUGCAUGUAGCAGAAGAUUUGAGUGCAUCAGGACACAGCAAAGAAGAAGACGAUGACGAUAACCCCUUUUCACAGUACUACGGAAUGCUGCUGCACCAACAGAAUAUGCUGCAGGACCAUGUCCGUACGGGCACGUACGAGAGAGCAAUGAUUUCUAAUCCGUCCGAUUUUAAGGACAAGGUGGUGCUAGACGUUGGCACGGGGUCCGGUAUCUUGGCCUUUUUUGCCAUCAAAGCCGGCGCACGUAAAGUAUACGCUGUCGAGUUAAGUAAUAUGGCCGACUGUGCUCGUGAAUUGGUGGCUGCAAAUGGUCUUAGUGACCGUAUUAUAGUGAUUAAGAGCAAGAUGGAGGAAGUGCAAUUGCCAGAUCAAGUGGACGUGAAAUGGCGGCGACAAGUACCGGGCUUUAAGAUGUACCCGUCAAUUGGCACCAUGUUUGUGUCGCCGUUUUCAGAUGAAAGUAUCUACCGAGAGCAGAUGGCCAAGGUGGCAUUUUGGCAGCGGCAGGACUUCUACGGUGUCAAUCUAUCGAGUCUUCGGGCGCGAGCAAUGGACAAUCAUUUUUCGCAACCAGUGGUCGGAUACUUUCCACCAGAAAUGCUGCUAUGCUCGUAUCCUGCCAAACACGUACUAGACUUUGCAGCAGUGACCAAGGAACAGCUUGACAACUUUGACUUCCCGUUUCACUUCGUGGUCGAGCGUACGGCGGUCAUGCACGGUCUAGGCUGCUGGUUCACUGUCGACUUCUUGGGCUCGGAGGCACGUGUCGUGCUCAGCACAGCACCAGAGAGCGCAGGAACGCAUUGGUAUCAGUGUCGACUACUACUUGCUACCCCGGUUGCUGUAAACGCAUCGCAGAGUGUCAGUGGCAAUCUUCACUUUGUGGCGAACAAGAAGUUUAGCUACGAUAUUGAUCUUGAAGUUCGUCUCGACGGGACUACCAUUGUGUCAAGAAACCACAUUCGACUGCACGACCAGAUGUACCAUUAUCUGUACUCGCCUGGUGCUGCUUCUGCAGGAGCAAAUACCACUGAUGAAAUGCAGCAGAGAGGCACGUCAUACUAA